ACACUAGGGGUAUAAAUACUGACGCUGUGCCACUCUCCGCUCAGUCCUUACGCGCAGUCCAGUUACGCACGGAUCAGCCUUUUAGACGAAGAGAUAGGCUGUUAAAGGAGAUAGCAGCUGCAAGCCAGAGAGUAACAUCUCGACACACUACUCUUUGCUUUACUUUAAAAAUCGUUCGGCGUAAAUAAAAUAAAUAAAUAACAACAGGACCAUGUCGGUGGUGAGCGCAGUGCCGUUCAUGAAGCCGCUCCACAUGCGCUCCCCGGUGCCGCAGGGCCGCCGCCACACGCUGCCGGCCAGCGAGUUCCGCUCCCUCAGCCCGGAGGACGCCAUCAGUGUGUUCGAGAUCGAGAGAGAAGCCUUCAUCUCAGUGUCCGGUGAGUGUCCUCUCCACCUGGACGAGGUGCGUCACUUCCUCACACUUUGUCCUGAGCUGUCUCUUGGCUGGUUUGAGGAGGGACGUCUGGUGGCUUUCAUCAUCGGCUCAUUGUGGGACCAGGAGAGGCUUAGCGCGGAUGCCCUGACUCUCCAUAAGCCUCACGGGCCCACAGUCCACAUCCACGUCCUGGCUGUCCACCGGACCUUCCGCCAGCAGGGCAAAGGCUCCAUCCUGAUGUGGCGCUACCUGCAGUACCUCCGCUGCCUGCCCUAUGUCCGCCGUGCUGUGCUCAUGUGUGAAGACUUCCUGGUUCCCUUCUAUCAGAAGUCUGGUUUCAAGGUGCAGGGCCCUAGUGACAUCACGGUGGGGCCCCUCACCUUCAUCGAGAUGGUCUACCCAGUCAGGGGCCACGCCUUCAUGCGCCGUAACAGUGGCUGUUGAGGACAGAGGGACUUAGUGUGGAUUCUAACUCAGUGGUGGUGGGACACCCUCCCCUUGGAAACAAAAUGAGGGGACAUGUGAGCAGCUUUGUUGUACACGAGCAAGGAGCGCAGCCUUUGUGGUCAUCACUGUGAGUGAGACUUGUUCAGCAGGCGGUAAGGUGUGUGUCUGCAGGGAGCAGAAAACACGCAGCUGCCAUCCAGCUGCCAGAAACAGCUGUUUUUAAAGGUGGUCGGAAACUACAACUAUGUUGAUCUGUAGUUUAGUGUGAAAGCACGAAAACCAAAUCAUUAGAGCAAAGUCCUGAAAGAAUGUAAGGACUUGUUUUAAUUUUCUUUUUUGUAUAAAACGAUUUUAUUUUGAUACAUUUAUUAUCAUAU